CAGAUUGAGAAUUACAACAACAUGACCAUUGCGCUACAAGAAAAAUUGAACAAUGCUGCUGAUAAGGUGAGUGCUGCUGGGAACGGGGAGGGUAGGUUUCAGCUUGCAAGAUUUUGUCAUUUGAACAGAAAAUCUCUUGCACGUAUGAAUUUUGGUAAAAAAGAAUGUUACACGUAUUAUAAACAGUUAUGAAUUUCAGAUUGCCAAAUUCAAUGAAGAAGAAGAAGCUUUUGGCUUUGAUGUCUCAUCGUAUCCUUUACGAGCAGCAGCAAUCAAUAAACUGAAGCCGUACGCAAGUCUAUUUAAAGAAUGUGCACAGUUCAGUCAAAAUCACACGUAA